AUGCAAACUAAUUAUCCUUCAAUAGAUUUUAAGCUUCUUUUAAAAAGUGAUAUAGUUACAAGAAAGAAAUUGAUUAAGGAAUACAUUGAUCAAAGAAGGAUGUUAUUGUUUUAUAAACGAGACGAUGUAGUUAAUUGUCCUAUUUGUUAUAAUGAUGUUGACCAAUCUUUUUUUUAUACCAAUCCUAGAUGUGGACAUAGUUUUUGUCUUUCUUGUGUCUCAGAAUAUGCUAAUGAAAAGAUUAAACAAGCAAAUGGACCUAUCCUUUGUCCAGAAAAAGAUUGUAAUGAAGAAAUAUCAUAUAAUGAUUUAAUUAAUUAUGGUAUUAUAUCUGAUCCAGAAUUAUUAGAACAAUAUAACUCUACCCUAACACGAAUUAGAAUUGACAAUGACCCAGAUACUUUAUAUUGUAUUAAAUGUGGUACACCUAUGAUUGGAGAACCUGGAAUUACUAUGGUGAGAUGUGUAAAGUGUGAUUAUUGUUUCUGUUGCAAAUGUAAUGAACAAUGGCAUGCUGACUGUACUUGUGAACAGUAUCAAAGAUGGAAAAGAGAAAAUGGUAUGGGUGAUGACGCUUUUCAAGUUUAUGUCAAAAAAAAUACUAAGUUAUGUCCUCAAUGUCACAGUCCAAUUGAAAAAAAUGGUGGUUGUAAUCAUAUUACAUGCAGGUGUGGUUUCCAGUUUUGUUGGCUUUGUAUGCAACCAUAUACUAAGGAUCAUUGGAGGGUGAAUAGAAGUGGAUGCACUCAAUAUUCUUAA